CUGCCCCUGCCGCCCGGAGAAGUGCACGGGCCAGAGAGCGCCUUCGACGCUCAGGGCCGAGGCCCCUACAGCGGCGUCUCCGACGGCCGCAUCCUGAGGUGGAACGGGCCCAAGCUCGGCUGGACAACAUACGCCUAUGGACCAGGCUACGACAGCGAAACGUGCACGACAUCCAGGUUUGGCACGGAGGCGGACAUAGAGAGCCGCUGCGGCCGCCCGCUUGGUCUGCGCUUCAACCAGAAAACGGGUGACCUCUACGUGGCCGAUGCGUACAAAGGGCUUAUGCGUGUGCCGCCCGGCGGAGGGAAAGCCACUGUGUUGGUCGACCAGAUUGAUGGCAUGCCGCUGCGCUUCACCAACGGGGUUGACGUCGAUCAAGUCACCGGUCAAGUCUACUUCACCCACAGUUCAAUGAACUACGACAGGUCAGAACACGAGAUGGUCACCAAGACCGGGGACGCCAUGGGCCGCCUCAUGAUGUAUGAUCCACGAACAUCGGACGCCACCGUGCUCCAACCAAGGAUGACAUACCCGAACGGCGUCGCGCUCAGCGCCGACCGCACGCACCUCGUGGUCGCAUCUACUGGCCCGUGCAAGCUGCUGAGGCACUGGAUCAAAGGGGUUGACACGGGCAAGUCCGAGCCUUUUGCCGACCUGCCGGGCUACCCAGAUAAC